CACCCCACCCCCCUGUCUUGCACUCCCUCAUCUCAUUGUUUCAGAUGAGGCCAAAUUAAAAGUUCGUUCCAGGGAGUGGCCUGUUCAUCUUACUCUCCAGCCAAAGUAGAAACAGCGCGAGAAGGAGAGAGACACACUCAGCAGCCAAAGGACUUGGUGGAAAGAACAGAGGAUCCUGGACAACAUGCUGCUCUCAGGACCAGCUGUGCUGUUGCUGCUCACUGCCCUCAUCAUCCCCUCUGACUGGACACCCCUAGGGGCCAAUGGCCAACGAGGAGAUGAUGAUGUGACUCCAGAGCCGUUCACAGAAGAUCCUAAUCUGGUGAAUGAUCCCGCUACAGAUGAAACAGUUCUGGCUGAUAUCGAAGAUGACCUGGCUUCGUCCAAUGACCGAAACACCACCGCGGAGUGCCGGGAUGAGAAAUUUGCUUGCACAAGACUCUAUUCUGUACAUCGGCCAAUCAAGCAAUGCAUUCAUCAUCAGUUAUGUUUCACCAGUUUACGACGAAUGUACAUCAUCAACAACGAGAUCUGCUCCCGUCUUGUCUGUAAAGAACAUGAAGCUAUGAAAGAUGAAAUUUGUCGUCAGAUGGCUGGCCUACCCCCAAGGCGACUUCGACGUUCCAACUACUUUAGGCUUCCUCCCUGUGAAAAUGUGGAUUUGCAGAGACCGGGUGGUCUGUGAUGACCAACCAGAAGUAAAGAAAAUGCAUGGAUGAGAGGAGAGAAUGCCAGAGAAUGGCGAGUGCCUUGUCCAACCAUUGCCAGCUAACCCAUAGACAUUAGGAUUUCUUAACCAGUCCCUUUGCAAUGUCUAGCUUUUGCCCCUACUCCCGGAUAUUUCACUUCUUUUUAGCACUUCAGACAAAGCCUAUUAUUGCAUGAUUUAUCCACUUCCCAAUAUCAUAAACAUAGCAGAUAAUUGACGACCAUGUGGCUUCUAUGCAGAUAUUCUGUGUAUAAUUUCAACUUUAGAUAGAAGCUGUGAUUGUAUUGACUAGUCAUAGGAUUUCGUUUAUUUUCCCUCCAAGACUUUCCUAGAUUUAAAUUCCCCUUCAUCUACAUUAUUUUGCUGGAUAGAACUAAUCAUCUGGCAAGUCUUCCUUAAGGAUCACAGCGAUUUUUAUAGUCCUGGCGCAAUUCUGCAAAGCCAGUUCUACUGACAUUAUUAAGACUCAAAAUGCUUUACAAAAAAGAAAAAAGACUCAAAAUGUUUUCUGUUACAGUCUAAGGAUAAAUAAACGAAUGAAUUUGGGCUUAUACUUCCAUUUCUCAUGUGCAUGCACAAUGGUAAGAAGGGCCGGAAAUAAGUCUCAAUUACUUUCUCACCUUUGGUAGUGUUGGGUUUAUCCCACCUCCACAAGAUAAUUGUGAAACCAAAUCACUGGCCCAAGUUUCCUUCAGUUGGUGCUAUUUCUUUCAUUCUAACCACUUCCCAAAAUAUGUAAGGAUUAUUAGUAUUAGAUCCUGAUUUGGGUCCUAAAAGGGAAUUUCUUGCCUGCAUAUUGAAUGAGAGGUGGUAUUCCCACCAGAAAACUCCUCAGUGCUAGGAUUGUGUAUCACAAAUUAAACAUUUUAAAAUAAAAAUUUACUCUAAUAAUCUUCUUAGAAGAGAGUUUUCUGGGUUUUUGUUUUUUGUUUUUUGUUUUUUUUGAC